AUGGAAACUCUGGUGCAACCUUACACCCCGCAUUUGAAAAAAGUUUUGAAGAAGUAUCAGUUGAGUGCGGUGAAAAGUUUACAGGGACCGAGCACGUUGCUCGGUCCGUGCCUAGAAGUGGCGACUCCCGUACCGUCGAAAACGGAGGACGCACCGUCGACGGCACGGGAAAGUCCGACGACCGUGUCCAGAACGGUCAGAUCUCCCGCCGCAGACAUUGAUAAUUUUAUUCCCCCGCCGUUCCCGGUUCAACAGUUGCCCAUAUUGACGGAAGCGGAUCAGAGGAGCGAAAGGGGAGAAACGGAAUUGGAAGGAGAAUCAAUUUCGUGUUUUGUCGUGGGCGGUGAAAAGCGUUUGUGUUUGCCGCAAGUGUUGAACAGCGUACUUCAAAACUUCACUCUAGCCCAAAUAAAUCAAGUUUGCGACGAUUUGCAAAUAUUUUGCUCCCGAUGCAAUCCGGAACAGUUAGAAGUAUUGAAAGUUACCGGAAUACUUCCGGCGAGUGCUCCGUCCUGCGGGCUAAUAACGAAAACGGAUGCGGAACGAUUGUGCAGCGCUUUGCUUCAGCACGGCGUUCCUGCCACGUCCCUCCCAAGCCCCGGUGCCGUGUCGUUUCAAGUUUACCACGAAUGCUUUGGUAAAUGUCGCGGAUUGUGCACCCCGUCGCUGUACUCUACCCCAAACUCGCGUUGCAUAGAAUGCUUCGAGUGUCACGCCAUGUUUUCCCCGCAGCAUUUUGUCUGCCACGCUCAUCGACCCUUGCAAAACAGGACCUGCCAUUGGGGGUUCGAUUCCUCUAAUUGGAGAUCUUAUUUGUUGGUGGCCCGAGGGCAACCGGAUUACGACGUUGCCGUCAAAAAAGCUUUUCGCGUCGUAGUCCAAUUACGAAAAUUGGGUAAAACGAUCAUCGAUGAUAAGCUCUUGUUUGAUUAA